CAAGACGAUGGACAUUAUCAACGUCACCUCCUUACCAAUAAUACCACUGGACGAGCGCCUGGUGGUCUCCGCCAACGCGCGGACAGUGCUGGAGAAUGCCUUAAGGAAGCAGAUGCAGGAGAACCCACCCACAUGCAUCAUUGGCUCCAUGAGCCAAGUGAACCAGAGGAUUACGGAAGUCGAACUGGGCUCCAGCCUGGUGAUCAGCACCUUGGCAAUUGAGGACUAUGAGUUGGAGAAGAAGUCUUUAAGAGAGAAAACUCACAGCAGCCCGGAAGACAGAGCCAAGAAACAGAAGGAAGAGCCACCGAUAUCCUGCCAAGGCUCAGAGCUCCGGAAUGCCAGAGUGCUCCUCACAAAAAGGAAAACAGCAGAUAAGAAUCUGCUCGCAGAGCUGCACGAAUAUCCCCCGUUUGAUGAAAUGAAGCCCAACAAACUGCCCAAUGGCGUGGACUUCUGUGACAUGGUGGGCAAUGUGAUCCGGUCUGAGAAAAACCCCCUGAGCGGCAAGUCUUACUGUUCAGACAGAGAACUGGAGAAGUUUCUGUGCUCACCUUUUCUCGCCGCCAUGUGGCUGGACAGCUUCUGGUGGCUAUUUCAUGAAAGGUAUCAGCCAGACAAGGAGAUCCAGAAAAAGCUGUUCGACCGAAUAGCCCGAAAUUACGCCUCCCUGUUGUUCAAAAUGUGUCGGUCCCAUUAUGAAGAGGCACUCUUAAAGAGGCUCUCGUCACUUCUGAGCAAAGCCAUGUACACCAGCUUCUGUUGCUGCUUCCCCCAGUCCUGGUUCAACACCCAUGAAUUCAAGGCAGAGAUCUGUAACGUCAUGAGCCUGUGGGUUUCAGGGAUGUAUCCUUGCCCACAGAGCUAUAACAAUUGGGACUACUCAGAACUGGAUCCAGAGAGGUUCCGGCAAGAAGAGUUAAUGCUACAGAGAAGUCGACUUCUGAAGGCAAGAGAGUUCACCCUCUUCACUUGUAAGAGAUCCUCCAUUCAGCAGAUAGAACAGAAGACGAACAAGAAGUUUCGUAACCUUGUGCGUCUCCUGAAGGCUUCUCGUUCACAGGUAAUGAAGGAAAAGGAACUUUCAAAUAAGAAGACCACAGAGGAAAGAUAUAGGUGUUGCAGCAUGAAAGAUCACAUUACACCUACCCUGUUCUCCAGGAAAGCCACAAAGCAAGUUAAGCAGAUAUCACACGUCAGAGCAUGCAUCGAUACGUUUGUGAAAACGUCCCACCCUGCCUGCAAAAGCCCGGCGCUGACUUCAAACCAGUUCAACCUUUAUGGAAAGAGCCCGCUAAUGAUGUACUUCUUCCUCAACUACUCCCAGUUGCAGCUGACUGGUCGGGACUUGCUGGUCAGCAGGAGAGAAAAGACUGAAGUCAUUCCUGACUCUGCCAUGACCUAUGCUGACAUCAUCCAGCUGGUCACAAAGAACAUGGAGAUUCGAAAGAAAAAGCUGCGGCAGCUGGACCAGAUGCAUGAGAACGAGUGGAACUGUUUUAACAAUUACCUAACGGAGCUGCAAGAAAACUUUGAGAGGGAGUUGGAUAUCAUCAAUAAGAAAGAACUAGAGAAAAGAAAGGCCAAGAACAGGGUCAUCUCCUCCUCGACGCUGUUUGAAUUGUCUGCAGAGAAAUCCAAGGGAAACAGGCAAAGAGAAACUGCCUUUCUUUCAAGGAAGAAAAGGAAGGAGGUAGAAGAAAGACCAAAGGGUUUCUACUCCCCUUUCUCACUUCAAAACUCUGUGGAUGUGGAUAACAAUUCCCUGGGCCUAAAAAGCCCCUACAGAAUCAAGUCUCCUUCCAGUGAGGGCAGCAGCAGUAUAUCCAUGGUCAGGCAGGACAUGCUCUUCCAACUCUCACCCUCCUCCAUGGAAUGAAUGCGCCCAAGAACAGGAGGAGACUGCGGAGGUGACACCUGUGUCUGUUGUCAGAUGCGAUAAAAUGGGAUCAGCAAUGGCAACUGAGAGCCCUGCUGCAGCCAGGGACACAUGGAGCCUCUCCCAGUCCACAGGAGAAAGAAUAUUAAAGUUCACACCUCGCACGGACCAUUCAGGGCUUAGAGACGCCGAUUUGCCUCAUCCACCAGACCUUUAUUUGAUUUGUUCUUUCAUUCACUUGAUAAUAACAACACAAUCCAAUACAUCCCUAUGAAACAUAGCAAGACCCUGUCUCAUAAAACCAGCCAACAGCAAGUAUCAGAAGGGAGCCCAGCUGCUAAGUCCCAGCUGACUUUAGGCCCAGCACUCUCUAGUGAGGGGCAGGUGGAUCUCUGAGUUUGAGGCUGAUCAUUCCUACAUGUUUGUUAACACAUGUGGCACACACUUAUUUGGGGCUUACU